GACACUCCUUCUUCUCUCUGCAGGUACCAGUGGUGAAACAGCAAUCAGUGAGACUCAGCUCAGAGCUGUGGCUGGCAGAGGCACAUCUUAAGACUUCCCUGACUGCUUCCUCCUCUUCCUCUUCCUCUUCUUCUUCCUCUUCCUCUCUCCUCUCUCCUCUCUCCUCUCUCCACUCUCCCUCUUUCUGGCCAGCCCCCCAGCCCCUGCUGAGCAGUCCAGAGCAUCAUGGCCAACAGGAGCCCCAGCAUCCGGAUUGGAGAUGAUGCACCAGGCUACGACCUGGACUGCUUUAGCAUCCCGAAGAAUUACGCGCAAGAUCUGGAAAAGGUGUUCAUCCCUCAUGGGCUCAUCAUGGACAGGAUUGAGCGGCUGGCCCGCGAUGUGCUCCAGGACAUGGGAGGCCAGCACAUCGUGGCCCUCUGUGUCCUCAAGGGGGCCUAUAAGUUCUUUUCCGACUUGCUGAAUGCCAUGGAGACCCUGAACAGGAACUCAGACCAGGCCAGUCCCAUAAUGGUGGACUUCAUCCGAGUGAGCAGCUACUGCAAUGACCAGUCAACGGGCAACGUGCGAGUGCUGGGGGGAGCCGACCUCUCCAGCCUCGCUGGGAAGAACGUCCUGAUUGUGGAAGACAUCGUGGACACGGGCAGAACCAUGCAGGCUCUGCUUCCCCUGGUGGAGCAGCAUGGCCCCAGGAUGGUGAGGGUGGCCAGCCUGCUGGUGAAAAGGACCCCUCAAAGCCUGGGCUACACCCCGGACUUCUCUGGCUUUGAAAUUCCAGACAGAUACGUGGUGGGAUACGCCUUUGACUACAACGAUUACUUCAGGGACUUAAGCCAUGUCUGUACCCUCAGAGAGACUGCCAGAGACAAGUACGCCCUGGCUGUGCAGAAGCUCUGAAAGCCCCUGAGGAGACCCGUCCCAGAGACAUCCCCAGCCCACUUGGUCUGGGGUUUCGGCUCUGGGGAGCACCUGCUUAAUAAAUAAAGCUUUUUGCAUGUACAGUACUCGCUCGUCUUGUGCGUUUUUACCUGUGAUUUUAUGUGAUUUGCACAACACAACCUCAAAGAGACAUCACUGGCCUUGGGGAGAGGCGAUGCACUUGCUGUGGUUGGCUGAUGAGGGGGAAAUGACUGAAGCCACACUGACUACUGAGCCAAUGGAAAGAGUUGAGAGAAGAGAUCAGGUUCUCCCCCUUCCAGGGUUCCAGAGGUUCACUUUGUCAACUUUUUAUUAAAGAAAAACAAUUUAAAAUGAUGUUUUAUAAUACAAGUUUUUGGUUUAUGCUUA